AUGCGGCCGUGAGCGCGGCGGGGCCGGGCGCCGCCGCGAUGCUCCGCCGCAGCCUCAGCCGCCUGUGUGCUGGGGAGGAGAAGCGGGUGGGCACGCGCACCGUGCUGGUCGGGCACCGGCCCGUGGCGGACACCGAGGCGUACGUGGCACAGAAGUUCUGUGACAACAGGAUUGUCUCCUCCAAGUACACCCUCUGGAACUUCCUCCCCAAGAACCUUUUCGAGCAGUUUCGAAGAAUUGCCAACUUCUACUUCCUCAUCAUCUUCCUCGUGCAGGUGAUAGUGGACACCCCAACCAGCCCGGUGACCAGUGGCCUCCCGCUCUUCUUUGUCAUCACUGUCACAGCUAUCAAACAGGGGUACGAGGACUGGCUGAGGCACAGAGCUGACAACGAGGUGAACAAAAGCAACGUCUUUGUCGUGGAAAAUGCAAAGCAAGUGCGGAAAGAGAGUGAAAAAAUCAAGGUUGGAGACAUCGUGGAAGUGAAAGCAGAUGAGACCUUCCCCUGUGAUUUGAUAUUUCUGGCCUCCAGCAGCACUGAUGGCACCUGCUAUGUCACCACAGCGAGCCUGGACGGCGAGUCCAACUUCAAGACCCACUACGCCGUGCGGGACACCGCCGUGCUCUGCACCGACGAAGCCAUCGACACCCUCACGGCCACCAUCGAGUGUGAGCAGCCCCAGCCCGACCUCUACAAAUUUGUUGGAAGGAUUAUCAUCUAUGGGAGUAACCAAGAGCCUGUAGCCAGGUCUUUGGGUCCUGAAAACCUGUUGUUGAAAGGUGCUACCCUCAAAAAUACCAAGAAGAUUUACGGAGUUGCAGUCUAUACUGGCAUGGAAACAAAAAUGGCUCUCAACUACCAAGGGAAAUCUCAGAAACGCUCUGCAGUGGAGAAAUCCAUCAACGCUUUCUUGAUAGUGUAUUUAUGCAUCUUAUUGGGCAAGGCCACCGUGUGCACGACUCUGAAAUAUGUCUGGCAGAGUAAUCCAUUUAAUGAUGAGCCUUGGUACAACGAGAAGACUAAAAAAGAGAGAGACACGUUCAAGGUGCUGCGGAUGUUCACGGAUUUCCUGUCCUUCAUGGUCCUCUUCAAUUUCAUCAUCCCCGUCUCCAUGUACGUUACGGUGGAGAUGCAGAAGUUCUUGGGCUCCUUCUUCAUCUCCUGGGACAAGGAGAUGUACGACGAGGAGAUCCAGGAGGGAGCGUUGGUGAACACCUCGGACCUGAACGAGGAGCUGGGCCAGGUGGAGUACGUGUUCACAGACAAGACAGGCACCUUGACAGAGAACAGCAUGGAGUUCAUCGAGUGCUGCAUCGAUGGGCACAAGUACAAGGACUGCAUGGCAGAGGUGGAUGGCUUCUCCCAGCCUGAUGGGCCCCUCAAGUACUAUGGCAAGGCUGAGAAGAGCCGUGAGGAGCUGUUCCUGAGAGCCCUGUGCCUGUGCCACACGGUCCAGAUCAAGGAGGCAGACCAGGUGGAUGGGCUGGUGGCACACCCAGAACGCAAAUACACCUACAUCUCCUCCUCCCCAGAUGAGAUCGCUCUGGUCAAAGGCGCAGAAAAGUAUGGUUUCACUUUUCUAGGACUUGAAAACAAUUUCAUGAAAAUCCGAAACCAAAAGAAUGAAACUGAGAUGUACCAACUUCUGCACGUGCUGAACUUUGAUCCUGUCCGGCGGCGCAUGAGUGUCAUUGUGAGAACCAGCACAGGAAAGUUGCUUCUCUUCUGCAAAGGAGCAGACUCCUCCAUUUUUCCGAGGGUCCAGCAAGAAGAAAUCCAGCAAACAAAAGUCCACGUGGACCGCAAUGCCAUGGAUGGCUACCGAACGCUCUGUGUGGCCUUCAAGGAGCUGACUGAAAAGGAGUAUGACAGAAUUGACAGGCAGCUCAAUGAGGCCAAGAUGGCUCUGCAGGACAGGGAGGAGAAGAUGGCCAAGGUUUUUGAUGACACAGAAGCAGACAUGCACCUGAUUGGGGCUACAGCUGUAGAGGACAGGCUGCAGGAGCAGCUGGCAGAGACCAUCGAGGCCCUGCACGCCGCUGGCAUGAAGGUGUGGGUGCUGACGGGGGACAAGAUGGAGACGGCCAAGUCCACGUGCUACGCCUGCAGGCUGUUCCAGACCAGCACGGAGCUGCUGGAGCUGACGGCCAGGACGGUGGGCGAGGGCGACAGGAAGGAGGAUCGGCUCCAUGAGCUGCUGCUGGAGUACCACAAAAAGCUCAUCCAGGAGCUGCCCAAAAACAGGGCCGGCCUCAAGAGAAGCUGGACGUUGAGUCAGGAGUAUGGACUGAUCAUAGAUGGCUCCACGCUGUCGCUGAUACUCAACCCCUCUCAGGACUGUGGCUCCAGCAAUUACAAAAGCAUCUUCCUGCAGAUCUGCCUGAAGUGCACUGCAGUGCUCUGCUGCCGGAUGGCUCCCCUGCAGAAAGCACAGAUUGUGCGAAUGGUGAAGAACACGAAAGGAAGCCCGAUAACCCUGUCCAUAGGGGAUGGUGCAAAUGAUGUCAGCAUGAUUCUGGAAGCACAUGUUGGGAUAGGGAUCAAGGGCAAGGAAGGACGCCAGGCCUCCAGGAACAGCGACUAUGCUGUGCCAAAGUUUAAACACUUACGAAAACUGCUACUAGCACACGGGCAUUUAUAUUAUGUGAGAAUAGCACACCUUGUACAGUAUUUCUUCUAUAAGAACCUUUGCUUCAUUUUACCACAGUUUUUAUACCAGUUCUUUUGUGGAUUCUCACAGCAGCCACUGUAUGAUGCUGCUUACCUGACCAUGUACAACAUCUGCUUCACGUCGCUGCCCAUCCUGGCUUACAGCCUGCUGGAGCAGCACAUCAGCAUUGACACCCUGACCUCGGACCCUCAGCUCUACAUGAAGGUGUCAGACAAUGCCAUGCUGCAGUGGAGGCCCUUCCUGUACUGGACCUUCCUGGGCGCCUUUGAAGGACUCGUGUUUUUCUUUGGGGUUUAUUUUCUUUUCCAAAACUCCUCCUUGGAAGACAACGGAAAGGUGUUUGGGAACUGGACCUUUGGGACGAUUGUCUUCACCGUGCUGGUGUUCACCGUCACUCUCAAGCUAGCGUUAGAUACCCGAUUCUGGACGUGGAUGAACCACUUUGUGAUUUGGGGCUCCCUUGCUUUCUAUGUGUUUUUCUCAUUCUUUUGGGGAGGAGUCAUUUGGCCUUUCUUGAAGCAGCAAAGAAUGUAUUUUGUAUUUGCUCAUAUGCUGACUUCUGUUUCCACAUGGCUCGCAAUAAUUCUCCUGAUCUUUAUCAGCCUUUUCCCAGAAAUUCUUCUAAUAGUUUUAAAAAAUAUAAAAGAGAAAAAUCAUCAGAGCAGCAGGAGGGCACCUGAUUCAUUGUCGGCCAGACCUUCUGUCAGACCUCUUCUUUUAAGAACGUUCUCAGAUGAGUCUAAUGUGUUGUAACAGGCUGGCCCCUUUGAUCUGCCUGUGUUAGUGUCAUACAAACGUAUAGAGAAUGGUUAUGUGAAGGCUGAAGAUGCUGUUACUAAUCUGGCAGAAAGAUAUCCUCUCAGGAUACCUUAAAGUGCUCCACACAAACGUUGUCAUGCUGUAGGAACCCACGGUUUUAACCUGGCAGUGACCUUUGAUAGCACCAAGGACUGCGAGCAGCCUGCUUGGGAGAGCAGCCAGGGCACUGGCCCCACGUCAGGCUUUGGUCUUGAGGCUUCCCUGCCCUCCCAGAAAAACCAGUUCUGCCAAAUCCUGCAUCAUUGGAGCUGGGACAGCAUCGUUGGGAGCUCGCCCCAGCAGCACGGAUCGAAUGCAGGCGUGCAGUGCCAGCCCCAUCACACACAGGGCUGUGUGCCCGCUGCGAUCUGCCCCGGAGCAGCAGGGCUGCUCACGCUCCUGCUCUGCCUGACCAAAGAAGUAGCACAGACUCCAACCCAGUGACAUUCCCCUGCAGCCCUGGAGGCACUGGGACGAGGCUGCUGCCCUCACACAGGAGGUGGAUGCGGCCCUGGAGCCCCUCUCCUGGUGCUGGUGCUGGGCUGUGCUGCCUCGCUGGCAGCUGCCGUCCCCAGCCACGGGUGCCCGGAUGGACACGGCAGGAUCGCUGAGAAUUCGGGAGAAACCUUUGCCCCUGUGUCCUGCAGAUGGAGCUGGAAACAGCCUGUGGUCUGGCCGCAGCAGUGGUGUCUGUGAAGACCUGCAGUGCUGGAAGUGCCAGAGCAUCCUCUCACAAGCGGUUUGCUGCUGGGUUUGUUCCUGCUGCAGAGUGAAGAAAAGGUUGUUCUGUGGCUGUUUGUGAUGGAAGGAAGCUUUGUGGGGGAAAAAGGAAUCCCAGAAGCUGGGCUGUGCCAGACUCUGAGCCCCAGUGCCCAGGCUCCUCUGCUGUGCUUGCAUUACUGCACUGUGCAGUGGCUCCAACACUGUAAAGGGUGAGGGACAGUGUGGUCCUUGGCUGAUCCCAGGGACAUGGGCUGUGCCUGUCAACCUGCAGGUGUAUGAAAAUGCAUCUUGAGUUAUUUGCACUAAGAAAAAAGAAGACCGUUUGAAAUGGAAUACAUGAACCUGAUUUCAUUUUACAUUUCUUUUUAAAUUGGCAUGUUCUUUUCAAAUCUACCUGUACCAUGGUAGUAGGAACUUUCCUCUUUAGGUUCUGCACAGCAAAGGUGAGAUGCCUGACUCUCAAUAUUUUUUUUUGUCUUAUACUUCAUGUGUGGCAAGAGCAGCUUGUUUUGUUGUGUGAAGUCGUGAGCAGUGACAGCAGGCUGUGUGCCCUGCUGGGUGGUGUGACAGUCCUGCCUCGUGCUCAUGUCCCCCAGAGGAGCUGCAGGAGAAGCUUGGGGCUCCUUUCAGAAGCAGCAAGCUCUGCACUGCUGCUGGGUUUGGCUCCUGCUCGCUCAGCUUUGUGUCAACAGAACCAUUUGGGACAGACAGAACAUUCCCCUCACCAAAUUAACUGCAGACUGUUAAUUGUUGGAAGAAUCAAGCCUUGCUCUCUGGCUGCCGUCCCUGCGGUUCGUCUGCGGCUGGUGCGGAUCGGCUGCUGGCAAAUCCUCUGGUGCAUCGUGAGGAGGUUGGAUGGCCUUACCUGAGUGGGAGAGGGCAGUGCACAGUCCCUGGGGCUGCCCUGCCCUCGCCCAGCACGGGAGGGGUUGGAUGGAAGGAUGGACAGGAGCACUGUGCCAUACACUCUGCACUGGCCUCAGCGCGAGCGGCGUUCGCACUCGGCUCCUGCUGCAUGCGGGGCAGGAGCUGCACUGCCAGCAUGUGCCCGUGGGCAAAGCUCUCAUCUCCUGCUUCUGUUUGCUUUUCCCAUUUUCCUAGCUCAUUUCACAGACCUAGAGUUCGACUUGCAGCCCUUGUCCCGUGCUCAGCUUUCCCUGCAGAAAUGUGGUGCCUACAGAUGAAGUAUGUGAUGAAUACAAUGGAGAUGUGCUCUAUAUGCCAAAUCUAACCAUUCUCCUUAAAUACACGGUUGCUGACUUGUGUUUACAUAACCUCUGAAAAAUGGGCACUAAAAUGCCUCAUUCCUGUGAUUCAGAACCAUUCCAAGCCCGAAUGGUCCCAAGCUUGACACCUUGCUUCUGAGUUUGCUUUGUGUCAUGCUCUGCUCCAGGGGUCAGAGCGUUCCCCUGGGAUUCCAUUGGUGUCAGUGGGAGCAGUGGAACCUGACGUGUGUGUGAACUGUUCAAAUAGUCACUUAACCAGGAUAAUUCCUGCUGCCUGUCUCAAGUCAGAGCCUUCUGAGAACCAAAUCUUUCUCUUGGCCUUUCCAAGUGUCCUGUCUCCAGCUGGAACAAGCCAUUGCAAUAGCUGAACAUUCAAACCCAAGGUGUGCAGGGUGGAAUUCAUGUGGAAUCUCUUGAAUAGCAGCUCUUUUGGGGAAAAUGCAGUUUUUCUUGGGCUUGGAUCUUCGGGUAGUGCCCUGGUGUGGGGCUGGGUGCCAGGACAGCCAGGAUGCCCCGGUCCUGCAGGAGAGCUGAUCCUCGUCACCCAGCAAUGGCAAAACCAGAAUUCCAAUUGCUGUGGGUGACUCAGGGGACACAGGAGCCCCUUCUGAGGCUGGAGAGGGCCAGGAGAGGCGCUGGUCAGGCUGUGAGGUGUGGGGCAGCAGGGCUGGCGUGGCAGCAGUGGCACAGGGAUGCCCUGGUGGGGUCCCUGGUGCGCUCACGGUGCCCUCAGGUACACUAAAGGUCAGUACAGGCUUUUCGGUGGAGAAACUUGAAGGAAAAAAGGCUGGGCUUUUCUCAUCGUAAUUUGUUGAAGUUUUAUCACUGACUAGUGACACUGAAAGAUAAGGAAAGUAAUUAAGAUUCCCUCUAAAACUCUUAUGUGAUAACAGCGGAGCUUGGUGUAGUCAUAGCGACUUCUCAAAAACUAAUCCUAAUCAUUAUGAGAAUAUUAUAAAUGACUUGGAAUUGCAUAAAAGCUUCAAAUUGAAUUUGUAUACACACAGUUGAAAAACUUUCCUAAUACUGCACCAUUUAUCCAAUUUCCCAGCUAUAAAUUUUUUUAAAAAACCAUGUAGUGUAUAGAAAAUGUAAAUUAUAUACAGGUAAUGAGCAGAUACAUUUUCAGCUUCUUGCAAAGAAAAAGGACUGCAACCUUACAUUUUUUCACUUAAAUGCAAUUUUAUACAUUUAUGUUGCUUUAUAUCAAGGAAAUUGAAUGUGAAUGUUACCUUUUAUGAAUGCAACUUGCUCUUUUUUCAUUACAGAAACUUUUGUUUGAAGUAAUCAAUAAACUUUGGUAUGUUGUUCUGAUUAAUAUA